UCGGUCGAGUCGUUAUUCCUCGCGAGUUGUUCGGGUGCACGCAGUUUUUUUUUGUGACGAGAUCGACCACGACUUGCUGCUGUGUGACGUGUGCCGUGUGCGUAAACAAAAUGAGAUUCAUAACUGUUGUCUUCUUCGCCGCUGUCAUUGCGUUCGCCGCUGCGUACGAGAUCACCGAGAGCAAUCCCAAGUUCGGCGCGAUGGCUUCCAACAUGAAAAAUCGAGUUUGCGUGCCGAACACGUAUUUUACCAAGGAUUGCAACACCUGUAACUGCGCCGACGAUGGAUUGUCAUUUUCCUGUUCCGAAUAUCCGUGCCCACCACUCAGUCAGGAGGACACAAAAUCGUACUUCUGAUGAGAAUAAUCAACUUUUCUAUGAUCAGAAAAAAAUCAUACUAAACGAUCAAAUCGGCUGAAACCAAAAUGUGAUAUUGAUAAUUAGAUGUGUACAAAAUUAUUACUAUGGUAUUGUUAUUCAAGAAAUAAAAAUUUAUUUUGUUAUUCGAAAAAAAA